CAUAAUGUUGAUGUAGAAAAGAAAGACAAAUGUUGGAUACUUCCCUUGUUACCUUAUUUGUAUUUGACUUUAUUAAAUGUUUGGCUAGAAUUUUAUUAAACAAAACCAGUUUUAUUUUAAGUAAUUAUAAACAUUUAUCAAAGCUGUUAUCUAUUUUAUGGAGGAUUCUAGUUAAUCAUAGAACUGGCACCCAGUUGGUAAGAAAUAAUAAUAUUGAUUUUGAAUGGAGAAUGGAUUGUGAAUGGAGUCUGAGCAGCCCUAAUAAACACCCGUGCUUUUAUUUGCGUGUUUUUGUCGUGACGCAGAAAGAACCUCUGGACGACUCCGGCUGGACCGUCCGGAACGUUCUGUCCAUGCCCAUCGUCAACAAGAAAGAGGAGAUUGUGGGCGUGGCCACCUUCUAUAACAGGAAAGAUGGCAAACCCUUUGACGAAAUGGACGAGACGCUGAUGGAGUCCCUAACUCAGUUCCUGGGCUGGUCGGUGCUCAACACGGACACCUACGACAAGAUGAACAAGCUGGAGAACAGGAAGGACAUCUUCCAGGACAUGGUGCUCUACCACGUCAAGUGUCGCAAGGACGAGAUCCAGCACAUCCUGAACACCCGAGAGAGAUGGGGGAAGGAACCAGACCAGUGUGAAGAGGAAGAACUGGAGGAGAUCCUGUCUGAAGUUCUUCCCAACACCAAGAAAGCUGAGAUUCUGGAGUUUCACUUCUGUGACUUUGAGCACAGCGAGUUGGAGCUGGUGAUGUGUGGUGUCAAGAUGUACUACGAACUCAAAGUGGUCGACAAGUUUCACAUCCCCAGAGAGGUCCUGGUGAGGUUCAUGUACUCGCUCAGUAAGGGCUACAGGAAGAUCACCUAUCAUAACUGGAGACAUGGAUUCAACGUCGGACAGACAAUGUUUACUCUGCUCAUGACAGGUGACCUGAAGCGUUACUACACUGACCUGGAGUGCAUGGCCAUGGUGACCGCUGGCUUCUGCCACGACAUUGACCACCGAGGCACCAACAACCUCUACCAGAUGAAGUCUGGAAAUCCUCUGGCAAAACUCCACGGCUCGUCCAUCUUGGAAAGGCACCAUCUUGAGUUUGGCAAGACCCUGCUGAGGGAUGAGUCGUUGAACAUCUACCAGAAUCUGAACCGCCGCCAGCAUGACACGGUCAUCCACCUCAUGGACAUCGCCAUUAUCGCCACGGACUUGGCGCUCUACUUCAAGAAGAGGACCAUGUUCCAGAAGAUUGUGGACCAGUCCAAGACGUACGACAACUGGAACGACUGGACCAAGUACAUGAUGCUGGAGACCACGCGCAAGGAGAUCGUCAUGGCGAUGAUGAUGACGGCCUGCGACCUGUCGGCCAUCGCCAAGCCCUGGGAGAUCCAGAGCAAGGUGGCGCUGUCAGUGGCUGCUGAGUUCUGGGAGCAAGGAGACCUGGAGAGGACGGUCCUGGAACAACAACCCAUUCCGAUGAUGGACCGAAACAAAGCAGACGAUCUUCCCAAGCUCCAGUGCGGCUUCAUCGACUUUGUCUGCUCCUUCGUUUACAAGGAGUUCAGUCGUUUCCACGUGGAGAUCACGCCGAUGCUGGAUCGCCUGCUGAACAACAGGAAGGAGUGGAACGCUCUCAAGGAGGAGCACGAGGCCAAGGUCGCCGUCAUCGAGGCGGACAAGAAGGCCAAGGAGGAGGCGGCGGGGAAGGCCGCUGCCGCCAGACAAGCUGGUGCAGCAGCACAGUCAAAGACCUGUACUCUCAGUUAGUGUGGCGCCAUCUACUGUACCUCUACUACAUCUACAGUCCUGUUACUACAUCUACUGUACCUCUACUGUACUUCUACUACAUCUACUGUACUACUAAUACUACAUCUACUGUACUUCUACUACAUCUACUGUAAUUUUACUACAUCUACUGUCCUGCUACAAUAUCUACUGUAGUUUUACUACAUCUACUGUACUUUUACUACAUCUACUGUACUUCUACCACAUCUACUGUACUACUACUACAUCUACUGUAAUUUUACUACAUCUACUGUCCUGCUACUACAUCUACUGUAGUUUUACUACAUCUACUGUACUGCUACUACAUCUACUGUACUUUUACUACAUCUACUGUACUCCU